AGUUGGCAGAAGACUGGGAGUGAAGGAAAGAAAGAAAGAAAGAAAGAAGAAAUGGAGAAAGAGUUUAGUUGCUACGAGGGUGAGACGGUGGCGGAGGUUGAUGAUAACUACCAAGUGGGGUGCACGACGCCUACACGUGACGAAUGCCGGAUACCAGCUUAUCCCCCGUGUCCGCCGCCGGUGAGAAGGAAAAGAUCGAUGCAUUUUGGAAAGAAGAGAGAACCACCUAAGAACGGUUACUUUCAGCCUCCGGAUCUUGACCUCUUCUUUACGACGGUUUCAGCCUCCAGACGUCAAGAAAGCUGCGCUUAGAUUUGCUAACCCUUUUAGUUUCUUAUCUAUAUAUAUAUAUGUAUUCCCGUUCCUCGAUGGAAUGAGGUUUUGUUUGUUAACGGGGUUUGGGUUGAGUACGGUUAUGUAUAUAUUUGCGCACGUUAUAUGAUGCGAAGCCUUGGCUUAUGUGAUGUUUUUUGAUAAGGAAUCGCUAAUCAGUGUUUGUAUGAUCUAACCUUUGUGGUUUUGAUGUUUUUCCUUUCUUUUUUGUUUGUUUUCUGUCAUGCUAGGCUUUGACUAUCAUCUUUCUUUCUGUAUAUAGACGGUCUUUGUGUUUCUAUCUGUGGUAUUGGACUUUAAUAUAUACGCUUUUUU